GCGCCCCGGCGCGGGACCGGGCUGCCAGCCGCGCGCGUGCCGGAGCCAGCCGGGAGCCAGCCGGGCCGUCCGGAGCCGCGCGGCCGCUGCGGGGCUGCGGGGCUCCCGCCGGGCACGCACUCGCCUCUCCGCGCCGCCGAGCUGAGCCCGGGACGGACGGACGCACCGGCGGGCGCGGGACGGACCUCCCCGUCACGUGCGCGCGAGUCCUCGGCCGGCGGGGCAGCGCCGUUCCCAAGGUUCAAGGGGGUUGAUGGAGACGGGCGGAUGACAGCCGGCACGGUGGUGAUCACUGGGGGCAUCUUGGCGACCGUGAUUCUGCUCUGCAUCAUCGCCGUGCUGUGUUACUGCCGGCUCCAGUACUACUGCUGCAAGCGGGAGGAGCCCGAGGACGAGGAGGAGGAGCCCGACUUCGCGGUGCACGCGCCCCUGCCACCGCCGCACCCGGGCCGCCACCUGCUGCUGGCCAACGGGCCCCUGCAGGCGGGCGCGCUGCGCCCCGCGUCGCCGCCCGCGCGCGCCCUGUGCCGCAGCUGCUCCUACUACGAGCCGCCCAGCCUCUGCCUGCAGGAGCCCGACGAGGACCCGCGCAACGGGGGCGGGCGCGUGGGCUGCCGCAGCCUCGGCCAGGAGGGCGGCCUGCAGGCCCUGGACCCCGGGCGCCUGGCCGCCCUGCGCGAGGCCUUCUCCCGCAGCCGCAGCGUGAGCACCGACGUCUGAGCGGCCGCGGGGACCCCCGCGCCUGCCCCGUGCCCCUUUCUGCCCCGCGCCCGUAGCAGGGCGGGGGAGGGGCGCCCCACCCCAAGGGGCGGCUUCAGCUCAGCAGCAGGUGAGCAGACCCCCCUUCCGGGGCUUCUGGUCUAGGGGGCGCGAGGGAGGAGGGGUGGGGGUCCCUGCGCCCCCGGCCUCCCUUCCGUGCCCCGUCUCCUGCCCAGGGCCUCUGAGAUGGGGCCCCUCCCCUUGUGCGGCCCGGGGCGGGGGCUCUCCCGGGAGCACCCUGGGUGGCAGGGUGUCCUGGGAGCCCCUGGCAGGCCCCUUCUCAGCUGGGCCGGCGAUGCUCAAGGCCACCCCAUGUAGCACCCCAAGCCCACGCCCGGGCACCCACCGCCGGGCACGACCGCUCCCUCCAGCCCCGCCCCCGGCAAGGCCUCCCUGAAGGUCUGGGGGGCACAGGCUCUCCUCUGCCCUGCACCCCCUCACUCUGUGAGCCUGUUCCUGACGCUAGCUUGGGGGUGGGCGGUGGGCGGGAGGGGCCCCAGGCCCUUUAAUAAAGCUCCCCUCUUCUA